UGCGAAUGUAGGUUACGCAUUAAACUCCCGUGUGCCAUUGGAGGAGUUGCCCCCGCCCGGGGUAGUCUCCGCUAUAAAGGGCGCUUGGGCGAUAGUACGGAAGGCUUGUUCGUCGUGCGCGGCGCAAAGCGGAAUGGUUCAGCGCUAGACUUAAUUCAGGAUCCAUCAGCACCCAUCUCGCACUUCGCUCGGUUUAUCGUUAUAAUUCCGCAGUGUCGUAAUGAUGCAGAUAAGCCACGACGCCUAUUGCGGUAACAAGCACUCGCUGCUGAACGUGAUGAACCGCUUCAUCGCGGCGGCCAACAACAUGGACGAGACCAUCAUGGUGCCGAGUUUUCUGCGGGAUGUACCCCUCGAAGAGCAGGUUUCCGGACCGUCCGUCAGUCCCAGCGAGCCUUCCCUGCCGAGCAAGCAGAGGGACAUGUACGAGCAUUACCUCUUGCUCAAGUCCAUUAAGAAUGAAAUGGAGUGGGGCUUGCUGAAACGGGAGAUGAGCGGGGGUGCCAGCUUCCUGGAGAUGGCCGUGAAGCAAGAGGAGCAGCAGGUGACGGCCGGGCCCGCCGACGACUGCUCAGAUCUUGAGAGCCAGUUCCACUUUCAUCUUCGUGGACUAUUUGGGGUACUGUCCAAGCUCACGGUCCAAGCAGAUCACCUCACAAAUCGUUACAAGAGGGAAAUCGGUGGUGGUAGCCUACUGAGAUAGAAUUGUUGGCAUGUAGGCCUAACAUGGACUCCUCUUCACUGGAGCUAAAGACCUGAGGUUCCCUCUGGUUAUCACUAUGGGCUAUUGGUUAAAAUUAACCUAUGACUUCUCGUUCUAAGCAGGGAUACACGUAACCCCUACCGCUUCCCGCUCAUGUCACGGUCAUAUUACUAGUCAUAUGUAGCGCUAAAACGAGAAUGUCUGACUGGAAAGGGCUAUGAAGGAACUGUGACCGUCUUAUGUAGGAUUAACCCCUUCACUUCUGUAUGAUGCCACUGUGUGGUGGGGGAGAGAUGUAGACAGAAUGCCCUUUGUGAUUUAGAGCUUCAAAUUUUUUUUGGGGGGGGGGGAAAUUGAAUGCUGGUAAUUCUCUUCACCUUUUAACCGGAGUUAUUUAGUACUUUAGUUUGUAACCCCCCCUCCCCCUUCUCUGGGGUUUAGUUUUUAAUUAAUGGAUUUUUAUCCCAUUGCUCUUACUCAAACUGAGAUUGUAUGCCAUGACUCUUCCAUGAAGAGUCCUGCUCUUCAUGGAGAGAAGACAUGUCCUGUAUUCACUGCAAUAGCUUGUCCUUUUGUUACAACUUAUUUUAAGGAUUUUAUGUGGCCCUAAAAUAUUUAAUUUUAUAUGGAAUGUAAUGCAGUACAACUUUGAAUAAAGAAUACUUUUUUUUUUUAUGUUUGCAUCCCAA